UAGGGGGGUGGAGGGGUCAAUGAUUAAGUAUGCUUUCCACCCUCUGAACUCCAAGAGAUGAUUUUUUGGAUAUGGCCAAAACAAAUUUGUUUUACUUAACAAGGUUUUGUAUUUUCCUUCCUCCCCCAUUCUGGGGGAGAGAGAAAAUGUUAGUUAAUUGAGUAAUGAAAGCUACAAAUCGAACGAAACGCUCGGCAAGGGGGCUAGUGGCUGCUAUGCCACCAUCAACAACAUUCUCGACUGCUGCCUCAAUCAGAUUCUAGUGCGUCUGGCAAAUAUUUAACAAAAUAAAUAAAAAUGCAAUAAAACAAAGAUGUUACUAUGUGGUUUUCUACCUCAGCAAGCGGCCCUUGGGGAGUCCCCCUGCUCAGCUCAAAGCCCCCAGUUUCCGUUAAGAGUUUUAACGCCCAGGAUAUUGGAAAUUCGGAGGUAGCCAGAGAUCACUUAAGUAACCCGGGUUGCGACGAAGUGGGGACUGGGGGAGGGGUGUGGAAGAGGGAGGCUCAAGUCGUCCAGGCCUAGUUGGGAUGGAGGUCAGCUCUUUCCCAUCACGCCCAUCCCCCGCCCGGAGCUACGAUCCCUGUACACAGUAGGCCCUCCAUAAAUCUUUGACGACAGAUUGUAGCGGCAGACAAACAAGGGCGGAAGCCCGUAUCCCGGUAGGAGAGGGCAAAAAGGAGGAGGAGGAGGAGAAGGAGGAAGAAAGAAAAUCGCUGCCGUUGGAGAAGCUCUCCGCUGCCUCCUUCUUUCCCAGCCGGUGACAGCGGGGAGUGCCCGCCGCCCCCGGCAGGCCCGCGGCAUGGAGGGCACCGAGCUGGCCGUGCAGGUCGUGGGUACCUGGCUCACGCUAGUGCUGAGCCUCAUCCUGCUACCCUCGGCGUUCGGCGUGUCGCUAGGCAUCUCCGAAAUCUACAUGAAGAUUCUGGUGAAGACUCUGGAGUGGGCCACAUUAAGAAUUGAGAAAGGAUCUCCAAAGGAAUCAUCACUUAAAAGCCCAUCUUCUGUUGGUAUUAUCCAGAGAGAUGAGUCGCCUAUGGAGAAAGGAAUAUCUGGACAUCGAGGGGGGGACUUUGAACUCUCCGAUGUGUUCUAUUUCUCCAAAAAGGGAUUUGAAGCCAUUGUGGAAGAUGAAGUGACUCAGAGAUUCUCCUCAGAGGAGUUAGUGUCUUGGAAUCUCCUCACACGAACAAAUAUUAACUUCCAGUAUAUCAGCCUUCGAUUAACAACAGUAUGGGUGCUGGGAGUUAUAGUGCGUUACUGUUUCCUUCUUCCUCUUCGCAUUACUUUGGCUUUCUUUGGGAUUAGUUUGCUGGUUAUAGGAACUACUAUGGUUGGACAGCUCCCAAAUAGCAGUUUGAAAAACUGGCUAAGUGAACUGGUCCAUCUGACUUGCUGCAGAAUCUGUGUCCGAGCUCUUUCUGGUACUAUUCAUUACCAUAACAAGCAGUACCGACCCCAGAAAGGAGGCAUUUGUGUUGCUAAUCAUACUUCUCCAAUAGAUGUUCUGAUCUUGACGACUGAUGGAUGCUAUGCCAUGGUUGGACAGGUUCAUGGCGGACUCAUGGGAAUCAUUCAGAGGGCCAUGGUUAAAGCUUGUCCCCAUGUUUGGUUUGAACGUUCAGAAAUGAAGGACCGACAUCUAGUGACUAAAAGGUUAAGAGAACACAUUGCUGAUAAGAAAAAAUUGCCCAUUUUAAUUUUCCCUGAAGGAACCUGUAUAAACAACACAUCAGUCAUGAUGUUUAAAAAGGGAAGUUUUGAAAUAGGAGGAACUAUAUAUCCAGUUGCAAUAAAGUAUAACCCUCAGUUUGGUGAUGCCUUUUGGAAUAGUAGUAAGUACAACAUGGUGAACUACUUGCUACGAAUGAUGACCAGCUGGGCCAUAGUCUGUGAUGUGUGGUACCUGCCCCCAAUGACCAGAGAGGAAGAUGAAGAUGCAGUACAGUUUGCAAACAGGGUUAAAUCUGCUAUUGCUGUGCAAGGAGGAUUGACUGAACUUCCCUGGGACGGAGGUCUGAAGAGAGCCAAGGUCAAAGAUACUUUGAAGGAAGAGCAGCAGAAGAACUAUAGCAAGAUGAUAGUUGGAAAUGGGUCUAUAAAUACAGAGUCUGAAUGAGUACCAAAAUGAAAGCAACCUCUCCUCUGUGCCAAUGGCAGAACACAGAAAUGGAUUUUUUUCAUUAUAACCUCAUUCCACUGAAUUAUAUGGUAGUUUAUUGGAAUGAAAUAGAUUCCACCUUUUUAAAAUGAAAAGGAUUAAAAUAGUACUCCUUUGAAUAAUUAAUUUUGGACUGAAAUGCUUAUGUAGUAAAUCUUGAAAAGGAAAGUAGGACACUUUCUAAGGUUUCUUGGAACUCUUUGUUUAUAAUAAUUCCAGAAGGAUAGCCAGAAUUCUCUUUCUGAUCUACUUUGCUUUUACCCCUUCCCUGCCAUACCCAGAAAACAAAAACAAGAAACCAAAUACUUGUUAGGUACAGUUUCUUUGGUAUCCUGGCAAACUUGAAUCCCUUUACCAAAAAUUUGAACAUAAAGUAUUUGGGAAUUUUCAUAAGAGCUCUUCGACCAUACAAUGCUGUGAAAGUACAUAUUUUGGGUUAGAAGUAGAAAUAGUAUUCAUUGACCUCCACUCACCAAAUGUACACAACAUAGAAAAGCGAAUUGAAUCUAAGAGUGCUUAUUGAAAAAAAGCACCAUACCAGUAAUCUACUAGCAUCUUUCAUACCUAUAACUGCCUCUUCCUAUUGUUCUCAGCCCUUAUUUUGUCUGCCACUGGCUUGAUUUGUGGUUUGUUUAAUAGACAAAUAAACCUUCCUGUUAGGAUCAGGGAAAGGAAGUCACAAUGAAUAUCUUUAAAAGAAGCAUAAAUGUGGAAACAUGUUGUCACUCGUAACAGUGAGGUAGGAAUAUUUUUCAUGCCUCUACAGUUUGAAAAAAUAAAAUCACUUCAAAAAACUGAGCCUUAAAAAAGAGUAAAAGGGGGAAUAUUUCCCAACUCACACAGCAUAAGCAAUGUUUGUUAGCAAUAUGAUGCAAUUCUUAAACACAAUGAAAAGUAUUAUCUAUUGUUUUCUGAUGUAAAGAAUGUUAAACUAUCUUAUUGUAAACUCGACAAAAAUAAAUUCUAUAUUUCUAAA